AUGGCUCCUGCCCUCGCAUCCAGCACCUCUCAGAUCUCACACUUCUCCCCCGCCGAACUCUCCUACCUGCACACCUCGCUCUCCUACCCGCACAACCCCAUCCGGCCCGACGGCCGUUCUGCCACGCAAUUCCGACCCCUCGCCGCUGAAAGCGAUAUCUUGCCCAACACCAAUGGCAGUGCGCGCAUCGGCUUCGCCGACGGCACGCAGGCGAUUGUGGGCGUGAAGGCGGAGGUCGAGAGGACGGUGAAGAUGGGAGUCCUGGGCGCGUCGCAGGAGGCGGAUGCUGGUGAAGGGCUGGAUGAGGAUGAUUUGGGCGAGGAGGAUGCGGAGAAAGGGGGUAGGAAGAAGAAGUGGGGUGCGGGCCAGAGCUCGUGGGUGGAAAUGUCGAUUGAGAUUCCCGGGUUGCGGGAUGAUGAUGCGCUGCCGGUGUUUCUGGCGGAGAUGAUGCGCGAGGCGCUGGUGGGCUCGGGAUCGAGCGGUGGGUGGAAUGAUACUGGGAUGGAAGGAGGGUUGAAGGGGAGGUUGGUGAUAAAUCAGGGCUGGCAUUGGAGAAUAUACAUCGAUGUGAGUGUCCUGGAAGACCGUCCUGGCUUUGUUUUUGCUGAUGAUAUCCAGAUUUUACUACUCUCUCCACCACUGUCAUACCCUCUCCCGCUCCUGUCACUAACAACGCACCUGGCGCUGCUCUCUACAAAACUACCUAAACUCAUAUCCAAAGACGAAGAAGAUCCCAUGUUCGAUGACGACUGGGCUGCCGCGGAGUACCUUUAUCCUCGUGUAGCACCGUCUCCCAAAUCUAUAGUCCCGCAACGACAGCCCUUCCGCCCGCCCGUUACCUUGCUCGUAAUUUCCGUCGGCGAAAACAUCAUCUUUGACCCAAGUGGAGAGGAAAUUGCUGUGGCUGACGCAGUAUUCUGUGUUUCUAUCGGCCGUGAUGAAGAGACCUCAAAUGACACACAAGAUAUGGACUCAAGCAACCUGAGACUAUUGGCAAUCCGCACUAUUGACCCCCCCUCUCGAUUGACGAACUCCGGGCUCUCGAAUUCCGAGAAUGCGCUUAGUAUUGGCUUAGGGGAGGAAGUUAGUGGACAACUCGCUUCAGGAGAUUCCACACAAGGAGUAUGGAAACCGAGAUUAGGAGGAGUGAAGAGAAGCGUUAUAUCUAGAAUUGUGAAGCUGGUGUUACAGAAAGGUGGUGUGGGCGAUGAGGUCAUGCAGGGCCUCGAGGGUGUGGAUGUAGGAUAG